AUGUAUACUUUGAACAAUGCACUCACACUCGCCUUCAUGGGCCCAACAGUAUCUGCUGCGGUCUUGCCGUCACGAGCCGUGGCAGACCUUCGGAUCAUGCCCAUGGGGGCUUCUAUCACUCGAGGGGUCGCAUCCUCCGAUGAGAACGGAUACCGACUCGAUCUUCGCAACCUCCUCCAAGCAGACGGCAACUCGGUCACAUACGUCGGCACUGUCUCUUUUGGCAACAUGUCUAACAACUGGAAUGAAGGCCACCCAGGUUAUGUGAUCGAAGAGGUAGACAAUGUCACCCUGACGGACGGCUGCUACGACUACCUGCCGAACGUAAUACUGCUCAACGCAGGAACAAACGACUGCAACAUCCCCGGUAAGGACCCCGAGACUGCUCCGCAAAGAUACUCAACACUUCUUGCCAACAUCCGUCAGCACGCACCUGACGCCGUGGUCAUUGCCUCAUCGCUGGUCCCGAACCUCAAGGACUCCACGGAUGAAUGUAUACAGAAGCUCAACCCGGGUCUCUACGAAGCGGUGCAAAAUGCCAGCUCAGCAGGUCAGAAGACAGGCUGGGUGGACAUGUACAACGUGGUCCCAAAGAGCGAAAUCCAUACGAAUGACAGCACACAUCCAACUGACGCUGGCUACCAGCUGAUGGCCGACGCCUGGUACAAGGAGAUCAAGAAUGUUGCUGCUAAUAUCAGCGCGCCUGAUCCGAAUGGAAAACCCGUGGGAGAAACGCAGCCGCUAGUCUGGGCAACCGAACCUGAAGAGCUUGAUAGCUCUCCAAUCAUGGUCCAAGCAAAAGCAUACGCCCUCGCCCUUACGACCUGGGCAUUGGCGCCCUUAGCUUCUGCAAUCCCGCGACCGCCCUUUGUGGACGCACCGCGCCAGCGCGUCACGGCAGGCUACGGUUGUCUCGUGGCCCAGAAAACCACCGAUGGACUCACACAGUAUCACAUCGACGUGGGUAUGGCUCGCUCGCCACAAAGUUGUCAAAAUGCCUUUGUGCAACUCGCAAAGGUCUCGCCUUUGAUCGACUGGAAUUGUCGCCCUGACUCAGCCGGACUGACGUGGAUCGAAUUCAGCAUGUUUGCUUGGUUUGACCCUGUCGCCAUAAUGGAGGCUAUCGAUCAGGUGUUCCCAGCCAUGCGAUGGAUCCAGACUCACGAAUGCAAUUCUAUUGCAGCGCUCGGACCUGGUUAUCAUGAAGAUCACGGCGUUGAUUUCAGAGGCCAAUCAUCCGUUCGGGGCCCGGCCGCACAAGGUGCUUCAAUCAAGAAAGAGAUGCGUCCUCCGGUCCCGAACUGUACUGAUUUUACCCUCAACGAAACUACCAAUACCUCCGAGGUACACAAGCCCUAUGGAUUUCGAUCGAAGCAGGCAACUCUUGUCAGGUUCAAAGAGAUCCUUGGUCAAAUUCACGUUUGGACAGGCUACAUCUGGAAGAAAGUCUCGAGCGUUGUGAUCUCCCUGGCCCCUGAUGAAAUGGCUUCGCACGACUUGGGGACCUCAAGCACUCCCGACCCGGAGACCCACAAUGAUCAUGUUGCAGGUCUCAAGGAGAUUGUCGGCGCAAGCGAACAAGUCCUGGCGCGUGCAAUGAAGACUGAGGAGCAUGCGGGACAACACGAGCGAUCUGUCGCUAUGGAUAUGGAGAGAAUUCCGGUUCCGAGCCAGGAUAAAGAAGGUCGUACCGGGACGAGGCCACGACUUCAUAGCCGUGACCUCGACACCAGGCAUGCAAAGCGGGAGAAACCCGCAUCUUGCAAUUGCAAAGACAUCACGAAGGCCGAUGGAUCCUCACACACAAUCUGCAAACUCCAACUCGGAAAGGCAGCCAGCCACGAUGUCAAAUGCGCCAAAGUCAAGGAACAUCUCCAAGAAAAGGGCUGGACUCUAGGCGAUUGCGAGACCUCAACGGCGGAUGGUAUGAUGUUGACUGUCAAACGACCCAAAACCAACGAGCAGCCAACGACCAUCGUCCAGGACCUCCAGGCUGUCUUCCCAGCUUGGAAGGCUGAUCUCAAAUGUACCCACAUCUGA